CACAAGAUUGGGAUGUCGACAUGUAAUCCUAUAAAAAGCCAUAUUCCAAAUUGUUCCAGCUUCAGUUGUAAACAGACAUAGUUUAUUGUUUUCAUUGCUGGCAUUGGUUGGUGUUAUUUUUGAAUGGCAACGAAUUUUCCAGAAUAAAAACAACACGUGAUACAAAUAAAACAAAAAAAAAAAAAAACAACAAAGUGCUAAGUGAAAUUGUAUUAAAAUUAAGAAUUUUCUAUAAAUAUUUUGUGUGUGAAGUGUUAGUGUAAGGAAAUACUGAAGGAGAGGAAGUGAAUAAAACACGGAUAAUAUGGAAAGUGAAAAAGAGAAAACCUUAGAUACUCUAAAAACUGCAAGUGAAAUACUAGGAAAUUCCAAUGAAACUGAGCAUCAACUCGAAACUAAAACCGAAUCUGAAGAUCCGGAAACUGUAAAAGACUCAAAAGAAACCCAAAAAGAAACUACAAUAAAACAAUGUAAAAAAUCCAAAGAGGCUUCCAUUAAACCUAGAAUCAAACAAUUAGUCUCCGAAAAGGAAGUUAAUAAUAGUGCGGUAGAAAGAAUAUUUAAAUAUUUGACUGAUUACGAGGUUGAGACUUUCCAAACAUAUGGUAAUUUUAGAAAAUGGUUACAACGGCCAGUAGAUGCAGCUACGCUGGGGGUAUUUCGUAUGUUCUAUGGCGCUGCAAUGCUAAUUGACAUGGCCGAGGAGCGGGGUGGUGGCAACUUAGAUGUACGAUUUGGUGAACCACUACAUUGUCAUUUUCCCCUAUUCGAUAGCAUACAGGUGUUCAGUUUUCCCAUUAUGGGUUGCAUUUACUUGUGUAUGUGGUUGGGCGCCAUUGGCAUAAUGUUGGGUUAUCGUUUUCGUCUCAGCUGUUUGGCCUUUGUAAUACCCUAUUGGUAUAUUUUCCUUUUGGAUAAGCCAGCAUGGAAUAAUCACAGUUAUUUGUUUGGAUUGGUCGGAAUAUUGCUGCUCUUUAGUCAGGCCAAUCGUUAUUGUUCUUUGGAUAAGUACCUGAACCCUGCAAUGCCAUCCACGGUGCCAUAUUGGAAUUAUUUUCUCAUUAAAUUUCAAUUUUUCCUACUCUACAUGUAUGCGGGCAUGAAAAAACUUACCGCCGAAUGGCUGUCGGGCUAUGCAAUGUCUUCGCUGAGUCGUCAUUGGGUCUUGAGUCCAUUUCGUUGGAUAUUAUCGGAGGAUUUGGCCGACUUGUUAAUUGUCCAUUGGUUUACGGCGAUAUUUGAUUUUAGUAUUGCGUUUUUCAUGACUUGCAGCAAGACACGCCUGUUGGCCACACCAUUUAUGGUCAGUUUUCAUUUGAUGAAUUCCCGGCUGUUUGUAAUUGGUAUGUUCCCAUGGGUUUGCCUAGCCCAAGUGCCAAUGUUUUUCGGUUUUGAUUGGCCGAGAAAGCUGAAUAGAGAAAAUUUCAAUAAAUUCUACAAAAAGUUGAUGAAAAAGGACAAAUUACAAAAUGAAGAUGAAAAGAAAGCCAAAAUGAAUGGAUCCCAAAAGGCCACAAACCAAAUACAAGAAAUCAAAGAUAAAUCUGAAAAUCCCAUUUUUUAUUGCAAAGGCUGUCAGAAACAAUUGAACAUAAACAACAAAUGCAACAAAACAGAAUAUUUACAAACAUUUUUUGUUCUGUUUUACUGUGCAUUACAGCUAUUUUUACCCUAUUCCCAUUUCAUUACUAAGGGUUAUAACAAUUGGACCAAUGGCCUGUAUGGCUACUCCUGGGAUAUGAUGGUCCACUCGUACAAUACCAUAAUGACCACAAUUAAGGUUGUGGAUAAUUCCAAUAAUAAAACACAUUAUUUAAAUCCUUAUGCCUUUACGGAAUAUGAUCGCUGGAUGAAAUAUGCCGAUAUGGCGCAACAGUAUGCCAAAUGUAUAAAACGUAAUAUCGACUAUGAGCAUCAGCGUAAUCCACGUGGUAGCCCUUUGAGUUCCACAAAUAUUUCCAUAUACAUUGAUGUUUGGUGUUCAAUGAAUGGUCGAUUCCAACAGCGUGUGUUUGAUCCCAGAGUGGAUUUAUUAACAGCCGAUUGGUCGGUAUUUAAAAGAACUCCCUGGUCUCUGCCUUUGCUAACCGAAUUAAAUCAUAUGCGUCCACGAUUGCGUAACAUAGCCGAUGAUGUUUUGUCAUGGAAUAACUACUCAGAUGUUAUGUUUGUUGCUGAUUUUCCAGGCCUAACAUUGGAUCACUUUAUAUCGCCGGAUUUGACAAAUGUUUCGUUGACCAUACUGGAGGGUCAUGUCCGUUACAAAAGUGAAAGUGACAAUGAAUCGUAUUUUUUGACAGCAGGCAAAAGUAUUGGUCUACCCGUCGGAGUUAUGCAUCACAUAACAACAAUAGGUAUGAAACCUUCCUGUUAUCUCUAUACCUAUGUCAACAAGACCAUGGAACAGGAGAACAUUAUCAUCGACAAUACAACAAAAGAAAAACCAUUGCUGCCAUUGUGGCAAGAAUUUAAGACAAGAGUAGAGAAUUACAAACGUUUCCUACAACAUAUGGGUAAUUGCAUACUAUAUUUGUUAUACGGGGUGCCGAUUCCUAUGAAAAUACGAGAUAAGGAUUAAUUGCAUUUAUAAUAAAAAUAAAUAUUUUUAAAUGGACAAUUUUGUAUUGAAAAGAUACAUGAAACUGAUAAGUGUAUUAGAAAUGAAUAGUUUGAUGAUUUUAAAGGUGUUGAAAAAUGACAAAUUAAAAAAUCUUUCCCUAGAAAGCGUUCUUGAAAUGAAUCAAUGUUAUUUUGAAAAUUAAUUAAUUUAUAUUUCGGUUAUUGAAAAGGAGAAUUUAAAAGUAUAUAUGUGAGCCCUUAUGUAUGACAAACUCCACAAUCAAUUAAUGGUCUGUUCUAGAACUACAAGAAUGUUCAACUUUUUACUACGAUAACCGAUUUUCCCUUUGCAAAAAUUUUAGAAUUUUGCAGAUUCUGGAACAGAAGAUUAAUUUGAUCAUUAUAUGUACAAAAAAGCUGAUUGAAAGGAAUUUAGACCUGUUAAUAUAAACUUAAAUACAUUCUUAAUAAUGUACAGGGUGAGAUAAAAAUAACUGCAACAAAGUCAAACGCCAUAAUUUUUACAUUUUUUUAAUUUCAUUCAAUGAAAACAAAAAAUGUCGGAAAUAGCAUCAAACUUUAGAAUAAGUUUAGAUUUGUUUGAAUUGGUCAUCUUUGAAACUAAUUAUGGCCUUCAAACGGAAAAUGAAACCGUCACACGCUGCUCGAAUGUUGCUCUGCGGAAUUUCGGCCCAUUCCCUGUGAAGCGCUUGCUUGAGUUGAUCGACACUUUGGUAUUUUUUAGUAUCAACCUUGCUUUCCAAAAUACUCCAGACAAAAUAGUCCAACGGAUUGGUGUGCGUAGAUUUUGGUGGCCAUUGUGCGCUGGAAAUUAAGCGAGGAACCUCAUUUUUGGGUGCGUGUGCGAGGCGAGUGCGAUUGUGCUGAGUCCUGUUGGAAUGUCCAAGGUCUGCGGCCAAAACGUUUGCGUGCACAAGGCUUUAAUACACCCUCCAGAAUAUUCGGCAUUUAUUCUGAUGCCACGGUCGAUUAAUACGAGCGGAGAGCGACCAUCGGCUGUUAUGCGGUUAUGGCCCACACCAUCACCAUGGCCGGCGCUUGAGUUCUGGUGGCCAAACGAAGGUUCACAUUUUCAGCUGACCUCUUUGGCAAGUAAACACGAUCAUUUUGUUUGUUUACAAACUGCUGGACAACGAAUGUUUUCUCAUCGGAGAAAACCAAAUUCGGCAGUUCACCACUCUCGGCCAAGCGAAGCAACACUUUUGCUCUUUUGAGUCCAUUUUCUUUCUGUCACUUUUUGGAAUUUCAAUGACUUUACCCCGAGCUCAUUUUUCAAUAUUCACCGAAUGGAAUAUUGCGAUAUGUUCAGCUCACCAGCCAUUUUUCGGCCACUGCGACGCGGGUCUGGAUCAAGUCGCUUCUUUACUUGUCCAACCAUUUCUGCUGAUGUUGCGGUUUUCUUCCGUCCACAUCAUGGUAACGAACGAUGGUGCGAGACACGAAAGAUUUAUUCACAUUUAAAUGCUGGAGUGCUCUAACGAUAACCACUUGUGGUUUUCCAGCCAAAUACAAGGAAACCACAAUAUCACACUUGAAUUCUACCACGAAUAACUUUUUUUUCUAGAAAAUUCUUACUAAAAUGCAUUUGUACGCUUGUAAACAAUAUAAUGAGCUGUCACUGGAAUAAUUUUAAUAGCUUUCGGACAAGUGGCUUAGAAAUGACAGCAGGCUGUUAUUUCAUCUUGGUUGGUGGCAGUUAUUUCAUCUCACCCUGUAUACACAAUAACUGAUUGAUUCUCAAUUAAAAAAGGAAAUUAAGACCUCUUAAUAUUGUUGAUAAUGUAUUUAUCAAAUAUUUUUAGUUUAUCUUUAGAUGAUUAUUUAAUUUGUUAAUUUUUUAAUACUCUUUUUUUAUAAAUAUUAUAUUUUAGAUAUAUUAUACGUGCCAAGAGUAAACUUAUAAAGAACAAUUUAACUACUUACAUUCCUAAACCAAUUUUUGUAAUUACCUAUAUACAU